AAUCUGCCGUACUCCGAUAGCCAUAUCGGAGUACGACAGUGUUUUGAUGCCCCACGUAAAACACAUAAGAGCCCCGAGCCUCCCUCCCUACGACAGCAUUUUGAUGCCCCACGUAAAACAUAUAAGAGCCCCGAGCCUCCCUCCCCUCUUACCUCCAUUCCC